CCGAAAGUCAUGAUUACGAACCAUCGGUGAUUAGACGAUUUCUGUUGAGGCGUGGGGCUGGAACCCAUGCGCCACCCUCCCUGCACGCCAAGGUAAAAAUUGAGCUCAUCAUUUGGACUUGUAUUUUGGCGGUGUCCCACAAAGAAGUGAAAAUUGUUGCUAUAAAAGUGGUGCCUCCGACCAACACUCACCCUCAAGUCCCCGAGAGAAAAAAAGGGAAAACACAACAAACAUGGGCAGAAGUGGUAACUUGAAAAAUGCUAUAGUAGCAUUUCUUGUUCCUCUCCCUUCAAUUCUCUUCUAUCUUUAUUUCCUUGACCAUUUCCACAGUAAUAGUAGUUCUCUUUCUUCUCUUUGGUCGUGGUGCUUCCAUCACCCUCUCCUAUUAGCCAAUGUCUUCUUUUUCUUCAAUGUCAACGUCCUCUUCUGGAUCAUCGGUCACAUCCAAUCCAGCAACUGGAUGAUUGAUUUGUAUUGGACUGUGAUACCGGUGUUGCUAAUUCAUUACUAUGCAACCCACCCUUCGGCGCAAUUUGAUGGGUUGAGAUCAAAGAUAGUGAUAGUUUUGACCUGGGUUUGGAGUAUUAGGCUGACCCAUAGCUAUUUCAGGCGAGAAAAAUGGCAGUGGGGUGCCAGAGAAGACUGGAGGUUCGCUGAUAUGCGCCUACAGUAUGGCAAGCAUUGGUGGUGGAUUUCCUUCUUCUCUGUUUACUUUUCUCAACAGAUAUUUCUGAUUGGGAUAUGUCUUCCACUGUAUGUGGUGCACUCGGUUGAUAAGCCCAUGAAUAUCUGGGAUUUGGUUGCUGCUGGAGUUUGUUUGUGUGGCAUUGUCAUAGCAUACUUUGCAGAUACGCAACUGCAUAAUUUUGUGACUAGAAAUACCAAGCUGAAAGAGCUCGGAAAACCCAUGGUUCCCAACCUUGACCGGGGCUUAUGGCAGUACUCCCGUCAUCCAAACUACUUUGGCGAGCAGUUAUGGUGGUGGGGGCUGGUUGUAUUUGCAUGGAACUUGGGUCAUGGAUGGACCUUUGUGGGGUCUUUGAUCAACAGUAUGUGCUUUGCUUAUGUUACUGUGCUUGUGGAGCAACGGAUGUUGAAGCAAGAGUAUAGAGCUGAAGCAUACAGGUUAUACCAAAAGACAACCUCAGUGUGGGUACCUUGGUUCAGAUCUUCUGCUAUAGCAGUGAAGGAUAAGGAUACUUGAUCUGACUAUUUUUGUUUCAUUGAAACAAACAUCUUGUGUUGGUUGUUAUCCUUUUUUGCUAUCUAUUUGAGAGGGGGGGAAAUGGUUCUUAUCUGUGGUAGUCAAAGAGAGAUCCCUCUAUCUCUAUGAAAUCAAGUAAAUUAUUUGUAAUAAAAACUGUUUUCAUUGUAUGACUUUGGCAUGUGCUUGUAAUAUGUAGAUCUCUAGGUCAUAUUUAUCUGGUAUGGUUAUGCUUUCUUUUUCUUUUUGGUAAUAAUCUGGUAUGGUUAUGUUGAUGCAGUUAAAGUUUCCACAUGGAAGGAAAGCUUAUAGUUGCCAUGGUAGCCGAAACAAAUUUGGGUUAAUUCAACCGAUCGGGUUUUUAAACUUUAAAACCUCAAUGUACUAAGUCAGAAAUUUUAUUGGGUUAAUUUUAAAGACUUUUGUUGAAGGGGCUUAAAAUGAUUUUUUAAAUUUUGAGAGGAGUCAAAAAUAUAAUUUUACUAUUUAACCAAGGGUUAAAUCUAUAUAAAUUCGUGUAUAUACAGAGAUAGUUUAGGGCUAUUUUUUUAGCAUAUCGAGUUGUUAUGUCCGUAGUAGGUAUACAUGCGUUUAUAUUUUUAUUCAUGUAUUUUCAAUAUGUUUUAGGUUGAAUUUGAGAUAAUUGUAAAAUUAAUUUAAGUUUGAGACUUAAUUUAAAAAUUUGUCAUAGUUUGAGGGUCUGAUGCAAUUAACCCUUUGGCUCUAUAGGGAGUUCUUUUCGGUUUUUGGUCCCAAUAAAAUUCAUAUAACUAUGCUUUGUCUAUUAAGUAAUAGAUGCAGGCCCAGUUAAAAUGGGUUUGGGGCUUUGGGCUUAUUGAGAAACAAGAAUUGAAAGCUCUGGUAGACGUUAGUUGAACGACUUUUGCCCGGUGGUGAAGAAAAUAAGUUGGUCAAGUGUUAACGCUUGUAAAAAGGUUGCGGUUAGGAAUCGAGAAGCAGUUGCAGCAAAUCCUUUCAAUCACGACACAUAUGCCGUGCUUCACGGCAAUUCAACUAAACAUCCUAACCGUCCUCCUCUUCUUCUGUUUCUGGGCGCCGAUCGCGCGAUCCUUGCCGGAUAAUUCGGGAUCUAUCCGGUUACCUUCCGACGGAUUUACAAACGCCGAUGAGAACGAAGGCGUCUCCGCUCGAUUCAAUAAGCCGUCAUCCUGCCCGGUCAAUUGCUUCCGAACGGAGCCCGUUUGCGGCGUUAAUGGCGUCACCUACUGGUGCGGUCGCGCCGAUGCAUUAUGUGCCGGUACUCGCGUGGCCAAAGUAGGAUUUUGUGAGGUCGGGAGCGGAGGUAGCGCGUCGUUUCCUGGUCAGGCUCUGCUUUUGGUUCAUAUUGUUUGGCUCGUCUUGCUUGGCUUUUCUGUAUUGUGUGGUCUUUUCUAAUUUUUCCAAACAGAGACUUUUUUUGUGUGUGUUAUUUUUCCUCUCUCGGAUUCUAUCUGUAUUCUAUUUGCCUACCAUGUCAUUUUCUCACCUGUAUUACUGUAAAUCAUAUUCUUUGUAUUAAUAUACCAAUUUGGUUCUCCUUUCAUUAUAA